AUGCGCCGUCUCGUUCUUAGCUGUAGUGGUAGUACUACGCCUAAGGCUGCUGCUGCUGCUGUAGUAGUGAUUGCACAAGUUAACAAUAGGGCCUUCAUCACAACAACAGUAACAAGAAAAGAAGAAGAAGAAGGAAGAAGAAAAAGAAGAAAAGAAGAUGAUAUUCUUCUACGUGUAGUGCCCAACACGAAUAGUAACAACUAUUCGCAUUACCGAAAGCGGAGAGUUGAUGUGAUGCCGAUGAGGAGGAUGAUGAUUGGUGUUAAUUCCAUGAUCCCCACUGUUCUCCACUUGGCCCGCCGCUGUGUGCAUGAGCAGCCGUUCCUCGAGGUCCCACGCGAUGGGGCCGGCGGCGAGGCCCGAAAAGACGCCCACGACGCACUCGUUCAACUCAACGUGAUGGUCCGGCGGGGAAUUGAGCCGGACGCACUCAUGUACACUUCUCUCAUCGCAACAAUGGCCCGCGCGGGUUUGGAGUGGCAGGCGUAUAAACUCUUUUCCCGCAUGUUGGAACAUCAUGUGCGGCCGCUGCCAGAGACGUACGUGGCCCUACACGAUGCGACGUCCCCCACACGCCGGCGACUGCGGCAGGAAUUAAAGCAGAAGAUGGAAGAGGCACUGGAGACAUUUCCAGAUGAGAUUGCAGAGGCGGAGUUGAGUCGACAACGCGAACAGGAUCGUUUGUGUGUACAGAGAUUUGAGGAAUAUAUGAAGGGAGUACUGCCACCACCAUCAUCAUUAUCAUCGCAGACAGAACGGAAGAUCAGUAGUAGCAAUAGUAAUGAUAAUCCUAACAGCAAUAGUACUACUAGUGAUGGGAGUAGUAUAGAUAUGCAGAGUGGUGAUGCUCAUACUGAUUCUUCUUCUUCUUCGUCGUCUUCUUCCAGUGAUGCGUUAUCAUCAUCAUCAUCAACAACAACAGCGGGAUCAACAGAAGAAAUAGAAGGAGAAAAGGGUGUGAAGCCUAUAGCUACUAUGCACAUUCGUAAUCCCACAGAUGCAUGGAGUAUUACACAGAUGAUGGAAGAACGACGAGAACGUGAUGGCCAACGUGCACGUGGGGAUUCUGCCAUAUCGCUAAAAGCACAACUUGAACGUUUACAUGAAGAAGAACUUCGUAUUUAUCUUGCAGCCCAACGACAAUUGCGGCAUGGUAAUAAAACUGAAUUAAUACAACGGGUGCUUGACACUGUGAGUGAGAAAAGCAUACGUGAUAUGCUGGCACGUCGAAAGCAUUACUUCCGCUCUGUUGCACAGAUUCUAGAGAAUGACCUUAAUGCUAUUCGCCAUGGUAAUAAUAAUAAUAAUAAUAAUAAUAAUAAUAAUAAUAAUAAUGCUAAUGGUAGUAGUAUUAGUGAUGAUGCUAACAGAAAUCACAGUAUGACUGGAAUGUAUUCUUCUACAGUUGAAUCUGCAGCUACAGCAGUUGAUCGCACAUUAACAGCUGCAGAGAAGGAUUCUGUUGCACCUCAAGUCCUGUACACUCCAUGGGGUAUUCUGCGCAAACCAAUGAAACUCCCACCAGAUGCCUUUACUGCAGAAAGUAAAGAAGAAGGGAAAUACAGAGAAGAACGACUUGAUCGUAUUCCUCUUUCUGUAGAUGAAUUAUUGUUAGUACGCCGUAAGGCAGAGACGGGUGAUCUUGACGAAUUGCCGGGUUCUCUGCUGCGGCGUUACGCUGCGGAGUUCCAUCUCACAUGGAAACGCAAACAUCCACUCUCACUAUUAGAAGCUGUACAGUGGCACUCUACAACGUUCCUACAACUACAAGAAGAUAAUAAAGAUGAAAAACAAAAACAACAACAAUUAAAAGAACGACCGGUACGUCCAACACCCGCUUUGCGUCGACAGCAGGAGAAUGAAGGUGUACGCCGGACACUGGAUAACUAUGAGGCUUUUCGCAUUAUUGCCCAGCGAACAAACAAUCUGCAGGUGGUGGACCAUAAGGAGAUUAACAUGCAGGUGAAGAAGUUCCACCGUGAGACCCAACGUAAAGAACGCCGCGCGGAGGAAACAUUACGGCGUGAAAAGAAUUUGUUGGAUGCCGCCGCGUUGGCGUCUUCGGCAAAGUCCUUCACACCACCAGACCCAACACUACCAACAUCAUCACAUGUACUUGGUAUUUCAGAGGAUAACGAUAAUAAGAAGGGACAAGUGGCUUUGCCUACGGCUUCAAUGGAAACAAGUGAAGAAGGAGAAGUUGGAGAUGGAGGAGAAGAAGAAAAAGAACAGCAAAACGAUAAGAAAGAAGAAGAAGAAGUAAGUAGUGAAUUACCCCCAUGGGCCAUUUUCUCUGGUGAAGAGGAGUUUGAUAUCUCUACUGGACGUUUCGGGGAUCCUAACAUGGGACGCUAUCAAGAAUUAAGUGAUGGACGGUUUAGGAUUCUCCCAUCACGUGAGGCUCAAGAGAAAUGGACGGUUGAACGCCAACUGUUGCCCGGGCCUUUACAAGAUAAACUGCAGCGGGCAGAAUUACAACAACAAACACGGUAUGAAGCUGUAGAAAAGGAAUAUGCACGUCGGCUGCAAUUUAAAAAGUAUCGGAAGUGGGAUACAUUUUUACGCAAAGCUCAAGAGAAACAAGGUAAAGGAUAUAAGAGAGAUGAUAAUGAUAAUGAUGAGGAUGAGAGUGAAAAUGUGCGGCCUUUACCACCCAAGCGACGUCUUUCACAACUACUACGGAAAGGCCAUGAUAGGGCACCCGUAGAUGCAGCUUUAAAAGCCAAGUACAGUAAAAGCCUCUAG